AUGGAGUACAUGACUAAUGAUGUUGAACCAACGACUACAGUAGCAAAAAUUUUAUGUUGUCAAUGUGGAGUUUUAAUUGAAUCAAAUGCACUCAAUAUGUGUAAUGGAUGCAUGCAAACACAAAUCGAUAUAACAGAAAUGAUUCCUAAACAAGGUCAAUUACAAAUGUGUAACAAAUGUAUUCGUUAUCUUCAACCGCCGACUACAUGGAUUGCUGCACAAUUAGAAUCACGAGAAUUAUUAACUGUUUGUUUAAAACGUAUUAAAGGAUUAAAUAAAGAAGUAAGAUUAAUCGAUGCUGGUUUUAUUUGGACUGAACCUCAUUCAAAACGUGUUAAAGUUAAAUUAACUGUUCAAAAAGAAGUUGCUACAGGUGCUAUACUUCAACAAACAUUUGUUGUUGAAUUUACAAUAUUUAAUCAAAUAUGUGAUGAUUGUCAAAAAAUUGAAGCUAAAGAUUAUUGGAAAGCACUUGUUCAAGUUCGACAAAGAACUUCACAUAAAAAAACAUUUUUUUAUCUUGAACAAUUAUUACUUAAACAUAAUGCACAUGCUGAUGCAUCAAAUAUAAAACAAGUUAAUGGUGGCUUAGAUUUUUAUUUUGCUGAACAAAACAGUGCAAGAAAAUUAGCUGAUUUUCUUAUGUGUGUUGUACCAUGCAGAUUUGAAACAUCGAAACGUUUGAUUUCACAUGAUAUACACAGUAAUAUUUAUAAUUAUAAAUAUACAUAUAUUGUUGAAAUCGUACCUGUUUGCAAAGAUGAUAUUGUUUGUUUAUCGAAAAAACAAUCGAAACAAUUAGGUAAUAUUGGUCCAAUGUGUAUCUGCUCACGUGUUACACAAAAUGUUUAUUUAAUCGAUCCAAAAACACUUAAAGUUGCACCAAUCUCAGCAAAUGAUUAUUGGCGAUCACCAUUUACUGCUUUAUGUGAUUCAAAACAUCUUGUAGAAUAUAUUGUCUGUGAUGUCAAUGUAUUGGAUGAACAUUCAAAACCUCAUGUUUAUGGAAAAGAAUCACAAAAGCAUGUUCUUGCUGAAGUAUUCGUAAUGAAAUCAUCGGAAAUUGGUGUCGUUGAUAAACAAUAUUCAACAAUCAGUCAUCUUGGUCAUUUAUUACAUCCAGGAGAUACAGUAAUGGGAUUUGAUUUACAGAACAGUAAUGUUAGCGAUCCAAGUUUAGAUCAAUAUGAUCUUGAUCAACUAGCUGAUGUGAUCCUUGUUAAGAAGAUUUAUGCGGAUAAAAGUUUACGUAAUCGACGACGUCAAUGGAAAUUGAAACAUUUAGAUGUCGAAGAUGUUGGCAGUGUCAACAGUACAAUGGAACGAGAUUAUACUGAUUUUCUCGAAGAUCUUGAAGAAGAUGCUGUUUUACGACAAACUGUCAAUGUUUACAAAGAUGAGAAGAAAUUUCAAUCGAACAAUAUCGGUGAUGAAGAGGGAGGGGAGGAUAUACCGCGUAUAGAUCUUAAUGAAAUGCUAGCUGAUAUGACGAUGGAAGAUUCCGAUAAAAUGGAUUCAUAA